AUGGUGAAUAUAAAAAUCAAUCGAACGUGUCAGUCCGCCGAUUUUCCGAUCCGUUCUCCGUGCAAUUUCGCCUCUUUUCAGCCCUUUGUCUUCUUUUUAUCGUCUACAUGCAGCUACUCGUCUUCCUUUUUCUCUACUUGAAAAUAGCAGUUCCGACCGAUUCGCUGAAAGUUAAUCGGCAGAAAUUCUUCGCAAGACCUCCCAAAUUUCGAGAAAAUGCCGAAAAUCUCCAGUAUUUCAAUGAAACACUGGUCACGCCGGCGACCGGCGGAUUGAAGCGAGCGCCACCCGUUUUUCAAGGUGAAAAUUUGGAAAUUCUGAAAUUUGUUUUUUGAAAAAUACGUUACAGGGCCUACAAACGAAAAACAGAGAGCAGUUGUGGCCGCCUUCCAGUUCGCAUGGGCGGGCUACAAGGUAUACGCGUGGGGCCACGACGAGCUGCUGCCAGUAUCCCGCGGAUUCGAAGAUUCGUUUGAGACCGGUCUCACGAUUGUCGACGGUUUGGACACGGCCAUCAUCAUGGGUUUGGAAACUGGUAAGUCUGAAAAAUUUCGAUUUUUUUAAAAUUGAUGCUUUCUCUCAGAAACCCGCGAGGGUAUCGAAUGGAUCCGUGACAGCUUGAACGUGUCGCCUUCGCGGAGUGUGAAUGUGUUCGAAACGACGAUUCGGGUGCUCGGAGGACUGCUCAGUGGAUAUCAUCUGACUGAGGAACAGGUAUUAUCAAUCUUCAAUCCAUUUUCUCGGAAUUCGGAAUAAAAUCUGCUCUGUUGAAGAUUCUGCUCGAAAAAGCGACCAAACUGGGUGACAAUCUGCUGCAGGCGUUCGCAAAGUCAUCCUCGCCAAUUCCUAAAAGCGACGUGAACCUGGAGACGGGCGACGCGUUCAGUCCCAAUCAAGACUUUUCUUCGCUGGCCGAGGCGACGACAUUGCAGCUGGAAUUCAGAGAUUUGACGGCGUUGACGGGCAAUCUGAAGUACGAAGUCGCCGCUUUCGGAGCAUCGGAGCACGUGCACAAGGUCGGAUGCAAGCUGUACGACGGCCUCUGUCCGUUCUACAUCGACGGAAAGGGCGAUUUCAGAAAAUCAGGUUUCUUUAGUUCAAAACUUUUCAAUUUGAACUGUUAUUUUCAGCGAUUACACUAGGAGCCCGAGCUGACAGCUACUACGAGUAUCUCAUAAAACAAUGGCUUCAAACGAAAAAGUCAAUCGACUGGCUCCGCUCAGACUUUCUAGAAUCGAUUGCCGGCGUCCGGAAGCACCUCUACCGGCAGACGGUCCCGAACGGCUUCUGGUUCGUCGGAGAGAUCACUGAGUUCAAGGAAUUCUAUCCGAAAAUGGAUCAUCUCGCCUGUUUCCUCUCCGGAUCUCUCGUCCUUUCUCAUUUGAACGGGUUGGAUGGGGAAGGAGAGCAUCUGGAAAUGGCGAAGAAUCUCGGAGAAAUGUGUCAUAAAAUGUAUAAGAAUCCGACCGGUUUGGGACCGGAGAUUAUUCAUGCGAACAUGGAAAACAGUUCUGAUACUUCCAGAGAGGAUAUCUAUGUGAAAGUAAAGAUUUCUUUAGUUUCCAAUAAUUUUUUGUCUUUUCAGAACAACGACGCUCACUCUCUUCUCCGCCCGGAAGCAAUCGAGGCGUGGUUCUAUCUUUUCCGCGCGACAAACGAUAAAAAGUAUCAGGAGUGGGGCUGGACGGCAUUUGAAGCCAUCGAAAAGUAUGCAAAAGUGGAGACCGGAGGAUACAGUUCGAUUGAGAAUGUGCUCCGGAAAAAGAUCAAGCGGUAAGCUAGCCAGAAGUUUAUGAGCGAACAAUUGACGAUAUUUUUCAGGCGUGACAAAAUGGAGUCGUUUUUUCUGGCAGAAACCCUCAAGUACCUGUACUUGCUUUUGGCCGACGAUCAGUCUAUUCUGCCGCUCGACCAGUGGAUCUUAAACACAGAAGCCCAUCCUCUUCCCAUCAAUACCUGA